AUGCCCCAGCGGCUGCUGCUGUUGCUUUGGCUGUGGGGACUGCGGUUCCAGAGGGCAGAGACAGGCUCUGAGGGGCAGACGUCUGGGGAGCUGUACCUGCGCUGGGAACGUUACCGCAGCGAGUGCGGAGAGACCCUGGAGGCUGCUGAGCCGCCCUCAGGUCUGGCCUGUAAUGGAUCCUUCGAUAUGUACGUCUGCUGGGACCACGCGACAGCCAACACCACUGCCAGAGCGUCCUGCCCCUGGUACCUGCCCUGGCACCGCCAUGUGGCUGCAGGCUAUGUCUUCCGCCAGUGUGGUAGUGAUGGCCAGUGGGGACCUUGGAGAGACCACAGUCAGUGUGAGAACCCGGAAAAGAACGGGGCUUUUCAGGAUCAAAGGAGGGUUUUGGAGCGGCUGCAGGUUGUGUACACCGUGGGCUACUCCCUGUCCCUGGCCACACUACUGCUGGCACUGCUUAUCCUGAGCUUCUUCAGGCGGCUGCACUGCACUCGUAAUUACAUUCACAUGAAUCUCUUCACGUCUUUUAUGCUGCGGGCGGCGGCCAUCCUCACCAGGGACCGGCUUCUGUCUCCACCUGGGCCUUACCCUGGGGAUUUGACCCCUACCCUGUGGAACCAGGCCCUAGCCACCUGCCGCACGGCCCAGAUUGUGACCCAAUACUGCGUGGGUGCCAACUACACGUGGCUGCUGGUGGAGGGCGUGUACCUGCACCGGCUGCUGGUGCUCGUGGGAGGCUCAGAAGAGGGAUACUUCCGAUGCUACCUGCUCCUUGGCUGGGGGGCCCCCGCGCUCUUCGUCAUUCCCUGGGUGAUCGUCAGGUACCUGUACGAGAACACACAGUGCUGGGAACGUAAUGACGUUAAGGCCAUUUGGUGGAUCAUUCGCACCCCCAUCCUAAUAACCAUAUUGAUUAAUUUCCUCAUCUUCAUCCGCAUUCUUGGCAUCCUUUUGUCAAAGCUGAAGACGCGGCAGAUGCGCUGCCCAGACUACCGACUUAGGCUAGCCCGCUCCACACUGACGCUGGUGCCUCUGUUGGGCGUGCACGAGGUGGUGUUUGCUCCAGUGACAGAGGAGCAGGCGCGUGGCGUCCUGCGCUUGGCCAAACUGGCCUUUGAGAUCUUCCUUAGCUCGUUCCAGGGCUUCCUGGUCAGCGUGCUCUACUGCUUCAUCAACAAAGAGGUGCAAUCAGAGAUCCGCCGUGGCUGGUACCACCGCCGCCUGCGCCUCAGCCUCAGCGAGGAGCCGCCCCGUCCAAUCCCGGAGCACGACCUCCGGGCCCCGCCCUCGCGCUCUGCCCUUCAGGAGGUCCCCAUCGGCUGCGGCUUGUCCUCGGGGCCGCUUCCCGGGCCUGGAGAUGAAGCUAGCCGGGAUUUGGAAAGUUACUGCUAGGUAACAGAAAUCCUAUGUUCGUCCAGUCAGCAUGUAUUUAUCGAGCGCCUACUGUGUAUAAAGCAGCGGUGCUGGGGACAAUGGGGAAAUGGGGGACAAAGAACUGGAAGACAGGGUCCCUCCCCCGAUAUCACAACUGAAUAGGGGAGUCAUCUGGCUAUGGACAUCACAUCCAGGUACAUAAUUGUUGUGGAAUGGUUUAUAAAAAGAAUUCAGACGCCUAGGGCAACCGACUGGGAGGUGACUUCUGAGGUGGUAUUUAAGCCAUGCCCGGAGGAAGUGAAGGAGAUCACUUGAAGAAUCAGAGGGCAGGACAAGAUUCCAGGCAGAUGGAACAGCAUGUGAAAAGGCUCUGGGGCAGGAAGAAUGGAGAGAGACCUCCAUGGCUGGACUGGAAUAAGAGCUCACAGACGGGGAAAGAGAAUCGGGCAGGGUUGGAGGAACUGGGAUUUCACUCCAGGGGCACUGAAGAUUUUAGCAGGAGUUAUCUCCUGGACUUUUGUGCAUAGCUGUCUGUACUGCAGGGACUAUGAGGGACAGGGGUGUGAACCUGGGACCCCAGUGAGGAGGGGUAUGCAGGUGGGAGGGGGCUGCAGCUGGACCAGGAUGGAGGCCACAGAAGGGUGGGCAGCAGUAGUUCUAGAACUGUUUCAGAACGCCAGGAGGAAAAGUGUGGCAAGAGAGAGAACGAAGGGCCCUUGGUCUGGGUUCAAGAGGAAGGUGCUUUUUACCUGUUCUGCUGGCAACGGCUGUGGGAGACCCAAGGGAGUGUCUGGAUCUGGAGCUGCCAGAACAGGGAAGCCUGGUGAUGUGGAGGAUUAAACGGAGCUAUGAAUGCUGCAUUUCAAGCCAGGCCCAAUGCAAGCUGGAGAGCAGACACCAGCCUCCACCUGCCUCCACCCCCCUAGGAUGAGGACUAGGAGAAAGGGAUGCCAACAGCCAGCCUCGCUGUGGCUGGACCACCUGUAGGCACAGAAGCCCCUCACUCCUCAGUACCCAGCCUCUAUUUUCCCUGGGUUCCCCAGAAAGAUGUGUCACAACAGCUGAAUUCAGAGCCUUUUCUAGCUUGUGGCCCUGCUGGGUCCCCCACUGCACUUCUGGCUUUGGGGUCAAGUGGAAUGGGGGAUCCUAGUAAAUCAAGCACAAGAAACAGUUGCUUCUUUCUGGGGUGGGAGACUCCUCUUGGCCAUGCUGCAGAAGGAAUGACUGAGGUGGGUAUGGAGGUCUGCAGUGACCUAACAACUCCACAUGUUGCCACAGAAAACAUGGACACCAGGCUGCUACUGUGCCCCUUCCUAAAACCCCAACUGGAAACUAAU